AUGAAUUACUUGUUGCUAGAGAGAACAUGUUGUGCCUUGGCGUGGGUAGCUCACCGUUUGAGACAGUAUAAGUUGAGUUACACUACUUGGUUGGUGUCCAAAAUGGAUCUCGUCAAGUACAUCUUCGAAAAGUCCGCUCUCACUGGGAGGAUAGCUCGGUGGCAGCCUAUGCAUUCAGAAUUCCCUGAUGAGGAUAUUAUGGCCUUGUUUGAGGAGGAAGCUGAAGAUGAGGAUAGGGAUAAGUGGGUUGUGUGGUUUGAUGGUGCGUCUAAUGCACUAGGUCAUGGGAUUGGGGUAGUGUUGGUUUCGUCGGACAAGCAAUAUAUACCUUUCACGGCUAGGUUGUGUUUCGACUACACAAACAAUAUAGCAGAGUAUGAGGCAUGCGCCCUAGGGAUCCGAGUGGCAAUCGACUUUGGGGUCAGGUUGCUCAAAGUAUACGGGGACUCGGCAUUGGUAAUUCAUCGGUUGAAAGUUGAAUGGGAAACCAGAGACCACAAGCUAGUGCCUUACUAG